AUGGAUGAAUGGAUUUUGCUAGACGAAGUUGAUGUGAUUGCGCUAUGGCCAAAAGAACAACAGAAGAACGUGGAGUCGUCAAAGUGGCAAGAGCGAAAGGAAGCCCUAGAGGUCCUUGCACAGCUUAUCGAAAAGCAUCCUCGAUUAUCAACUGUUUCAAUGACGAUCUAUGGAGAAGUCAUGGAUAAUCUGAAAAAGAUACUCGCUCACGAUAGCAACAUUAAUGUUGUUGCUGUCGCUCUACGUGUGCUAGGGGGUCUAGCUCGUGGACUUCGGAACCAAUUCUCGUGUUUCGUAUCAAUGGUAUGGUCGGUUAUGCUUGAAAAGGCGAAGGACAAAAAGCCUGCAGUUCAGAGUGCCCUUGGUAUUGCUCUUGACGCGGUUUCAGAUUCAUGUGGAUCUGAUCGUAUCACAAAAGACCUUUGCGAACAUCUGUUGAAACCCAAUCCGCAGUCCAAGCAGUGUCUUUGUUCGUUUUUAUUUCGGUAUUUUAUUCGACAAAAUGAGCUGUCAAUGGAAUUUGCGAAAGCCGUGCUCCCGAUCGUUGUUAAGCUAGUUUCGGAUAGUAGUCCCUCUGUUCGCGAGGCGGCAUGCAGCUCACUUGGCUCCGCAAGGCGACUGCUCGGAAAAGGUUUAGACGUGUUCUUGAAUCCCCUUAUCAGUGAAAAGACGAAACUUGACAAGCAGUAUGCAACUAUGGAAUUUUCUGUGCUUUACUGCUAUGUUUACCAGGUUGCAUCGAAGAAAUGGCAAGAGAGAAAGGAAGCGUUUGACAGCAUACUCUCCAUUAUGGAGUCUGCUCCUCGUGUUGCUAUUUCUCCACAGCUACAGCAGAUUAUGACUACUAUACUCAAAGUGAUGGACAAAGACGUUAACAUCAAUGUUGCAAGUACAUGUGCUAAAUCCAUGACAAAACUUGCUCUGAGCAUGCGAACCGAUUUCGCUGUAAUGGUCAUGGCAGUCGUAUUCGAUAAACUAAAGGAAAAAAAGGCAGUGUUACGAAGCGAGUUAGUUGAGUUGUGUGAUGCCGCUGCCACUACAACUCCACUUGAAUGCUACACGGAAGCUGUUUGCGACGGGCUUGCGAAAUCGAAUCCGCAGUCACGAGCUCAAACUGCUCUUUUUUUGUCGCGUUUGCUGUCUCGUCAUAACUCUUCGACUUUUCCAAUUGAAGCCAUCAAGCAAAUCAUGCCUGGUAUCCUGAAGUGCUCUUCUGAUGCUGACGGUGAGGUACGUGAGGCCGCUUUCCGGGUGAUGGCGGCCAUUCUACGAUGUGUUGGAAUGCCAGCUUCCAAAAGGUUUUUAUGUACUUUGAUUCUAUUUGAAAAAAUUCGCGCGGAAUUUGGUGACAAAGCUGCUCCAGAAAUUCUACGACUUCGCGUCAGUAUUACUAAGAAUCCAAAGGUAAGGUGGCCUGUCGUUCUGGAUGUUACUAGGUUGUAA